CUUUUUUGGCGCCAAAACAACAAGAGACGACCGCCAACACACACAUCACACGACAUCACGGAUACGAACACACACACACAAGCGUGCCUCAGCCAGAUUCAGCCCUCUUGUCGUGCCCUCGAUUGAGCUCACACUUGCUUCUCCUCCUCACCCUUCCAACCAACCAUGGACGGUGGCUUUGGUGGUGGCGGCUUUGGUGACUACAACACAUCCAAUGGCGGUGGAUUCAUGACUGGCGAAGGCGGUGGCUUUUCCAGCCAGAGCCCCGCAGAUGCUGGCAUCAAGCGCAUCUCCACAGUGACGCCCGUGUGCGUGAAGCAAGUCAAGGACGCGCAGCGCGGUGACGACACCAGCUUCAUCGUCAACGGCGUCGCUGUGGACAAAGUCGCCCUGGUGGCCGUCAUCCGCAACGUGCAGCAGAAGGCCACCCGCAUCUCCUACAACGUGGAGGACCACACGGGUCUCAUUGAUGUCAUGCAGUACCUCUCUGGUGGCGAUGACGAGGAGGAACCCCAAGUCCCAGAGGAGGUGGCACAGAACAGGGAGGGCCGCUACGUGCGAAUUGUUGCGUCGAUACGCGCGGGCGAGGACGACUCAAAGCGCCUCAACGCGUUCCUCAUCACCCCAAUCGACGAUCACAACGAGCUGACAUACCACUUUCUCAAUGUCGUCUACGCCAACUUGGUCAGCAGCCACGGCAUCCUCGGCGAGCGCAAGCUUGGUUUGCAGGCGGGUCAGCCGCGUGGCUCACAACCGUCCCAGGCCGGUAUGGCUGGGCAAGGCAUGGGCACGGCGACCAACGGCGCAACCGCCUUCAACAACACACCAAUGGACACGGGACUUCCUCGCAACUUGCAGGCUGUGCUCAACGUCAUCCAAACAGAGGGCAGCGCAUCGGAGACAGGUGUUGGCAUGUCCACCAUCCUCGACCGCCUCAGACCACAGGGCUUCAACGAGCCACAGAUCAGGUCUGCUGUGGAGGAGCUGCUGAACGAAGGACAAGUGUACUCGACCGUUGAUGACGACCACUUCAAGAGCACAGAUGAUUAAACCCAACGGAUUCAACCCCCUACACAUCCCCACUCACACGAACGUACACACACACACACACGCACAUGCCCUUGCCCACAAACACACGUGCGUGCAUUAUGCUGUUCCCUUUCCCACUGUUAGUAGCUCCCUGUAUGCGUUUGCGUUGUUGCUUAUAUGUUGGCAACACGCCACCACAGCCUCUCUCUGCCUCCUUUCGUGUUUGCUUAAGCAGCCCCUUCCCCCUUCGCACAUCCCCGACCGCCUUCUUUGAUGGACUGUUCAAUAAUCACUCACCAACGCAAGAGAAAGCUUCAUGUCAUGAUACAAUACACAAAGACGAGGGAAUGCAA